AUGCCGAAGUCAAUCAUGGCCGUCAACGCCGGCUCCUCGUCGGUCAAAGUGACCUUCUAUACAUUCGAGAACCCGCCCCGCACGAUUGCCGAUGCCCAGGUCUCGGGCUUCACUGCACCUCCGCCCACCUUCAAAUACCAGCGAGGCGAUUACCAACACAAGGAGGAGCUGGAGAAUACCAUCAACACCCCCCAGGAUGCUUUUCAGUUUAUUCUCCAUCGUUGCUUCAACGAUCCCGAGCUAUCCGAGGUCGCGAGCGACGACGACCUCUCUUAUAUUUGUCACCGGGUAGUCCAUGGCGGCGACUACACGGAAGCACUCGAGAUCAACGACGAUACCCUGCAUCAUCUGGAGACAUUGGAAGACCUGGCACCGCUGCACAACUUCUCCGCCCUAGAAAUCAUCCGCCUCUGCAAGAACAAACUCCCCAGCGUGAAGAGCAUAACCUUCUUCGACUCGUCCUUCCACCAGACCAUGCCGCUACAUGUAAAGACCUACCCGAUCAACCAAGAAAUAGCCAAGCAAAACGGACUCCGCAAGUACGGGUUUCACGGAAUCAGCUACUCGUUCAUCCUGCGCUCCGUGGCCCAGUACUUGAACAAGCCGGCCGAGAAGACUAACCUGAUUGUGAUGCACAUUGGGAGUGGAGCUUCCAUUUGUGCGAUCAGGGAAGGCAAAUCCAUCGAUACCUCGAUGGGCUUGACGCCGCUAGCUGGAUUGCCUGGAGCGACGCGAAGCGGUGAUAUCGAUCCUUCGCUCGUCUUCCACUAUACUAGUGAUGCCGGGAAAUUGAGUCCUGCGAGCACCAAGGAGAUGCAUAUUAGCCAGGCCGAGGAGAUUCUGAACAAGCAGUCCGGCUGGAAAGCACUAACCGGAACAACCGACUUUUCCAAAAUCGCCAUGGAGAACCCGCCCUCAGAAUCGCACAAACUCGCCUUUGAUAUCCUGGUCGACCGGAUCCUGGGCUACAUCGGCAACUAUUACGUCAAGCUCGGCGGGGAGGUGGAUGCGCUCGUCUUCGCGGGCGGCAUUGGCGAGAAGAGCGCGCUGUUGCGGCGGACCUUGAUUGAGAAGACCGGGAGUCUAGGCGUGGCGAUCGACUCGGACGCUAAUGAUCAGGGCCCCGAGGAUAAGACCGUGAAAGAUAUCACCAAGGGCGGCGGCAAGGGGCCUCGAGUGCUGAUCUGCCAGACCAACGAGCAGUUUGAAAUGGCGUACCACAUUGUUACUACGCGGUCGUGA